GGUUUCAUCUGAACUGACGUUGAAAAUCUCUUCCUUUUCGAUCGGAAAUAAAGUGCGACAAAAUGCUAGCACAAAAGGCAGUUGCCGGUGCUGAAGAACUUGCGCAAGCCAAAGGAAAAUGUGUCCAUUGCGCAAACGCAGCGGAAAGGAUCUGCCAGCGCUGCGGGGACUUCUACUGCUCCAAGCAUUGUCAGCGACAGGAUUGGCAACGUCAUCGCUACAUCUGCAUCCCGCUGCCCGCGUUGGUUUCUCCCAAUGAAUAUUCCGUGUUCCAGAGCGACGGGGAAUCAACUUUGGAGGAGGCAUGUUCUUUAAAUGCUGACAAAUCAGUAGUUGAGACGACGCCAACACCCCUCAGCCGUUUACCCAUUCUUCCGGAUUUGCAGUGCAAUAACGCCGGCAGUUCCAGCAUCAUUGCAGCCAAAAAUGAUAUUCCUGUUUCUCCUCCAAGCGGUGUAAUGGUAUACAUUAUGAACUUCAUUUCCAGUAAUCGUUGCAAUAUUCGCAAAGCCAGCAAAUCUGCUGAAAAUGCGUUUGACGAAGUUUGCAAAAAGGUUAAUACCACAGCUACGAUAUUGCCCAGAAUAAAUAAUCCACCACCAAAUGGAUGGUGCCUAGCCAACGUUAAUGGCAGGUAUUUGCGGGCGAAGGUUUGUAAGAAGCUCGGUGGUGUUUCCGACUUAUUAUUGGUCGAUCUUGGAAUCAAACAGCCUGGACCUUUUUCCGAUUUAAAGGCUAUCAGUGAUGAGUUAAUAGCACUGCCCUGUUCCAGCCAACUGGUGCAGCUCGAGAAUGUAUUGAAGUGUGACUAUUCCAAUGAUGUCAUUGCCUUCAACUCGCAAUUCGUGGGCAAGAAAUAUAUGGCAACCUUUAAAAAGGGCCCUGGAAUACACCUCGUGGAACUAGUAAACACGGAGAUGAACUUUUCGGUAAAUGAACAGUUAAAAGCAUUUUUCAACAGUAAGAAGUUGCUACGAAACCCAAAAUCUGUGGCCGAGAAUAAGAAGUCAUGUUCCUUAGAAGGUCCGCAACCUUCACAAGUUGAUGAACGCAUUACAACUCGUGCAAUCGAAUCGAAACCAGAGAUACAGAAUGAGUGUGAGGAGAUACUUAAGCAACAGGACUCCGGUCAAAUUGAUCAAUCAAAAUCAACUAAACUACUGGUUACUGAAGGAGCCUCUAAUAAGGCGCUUGGCUUUAUAGCUUUGCUUGCUGAUGAGGCAACUAAAACUGAUCACGACACUGCACCAAAGCCUAAAGAUGAAGACGUAAAACAUUGCUUAACACCAAAAGCUAAUUAUCCGUUACAGCUUUCGAGCCAUAAGUUAAACUUGGAACAUCUCUCUAUCCAUAAAACUAAUGCCCAAACAAAUGGAAUCGUAAUGCCGAAAAACGAACGUGUCCUACAACCUCCUUUUGAGAUGCGUAGAUUUUCAAUCGAAUCUAAGGAAGGCAUUGAUCUCAUUGUUGUGGACAGUUCAAAAAAAAAUCGAGGUAUUUUUGGGGCCUUUGACAGCACAUACGUCUCCGAAUUUUAUGCCCCGCAUUCACGGUUAAUGGAAAUUACAGACUGCGAGCCUUAUAAGCCAGUUGUCAGGGAAUAUGUGCUUGCCAGAUUUCAGGGUUCCUGGCAUCGCGGCAAAGUGGAACAGAUUAUAGUUGUUCCACAGCAGCAGACGAAGUACCGGGUAAUGGACCUCGAUUCCACGAACGUAGGGGACGUAACCGAAAUGGAUAUCCGUCGAUAUCCAUCAGACUUCACCGCUCCCUGUGCCACAAACCUUUGCGUGAUUGACGAAUUUCCGCACAACCCGAAUGCAGCUCAGGUUUCCUAUCUGGCGGAGGUUUUGAAGGUUCACCAGUUAGUUCAUAUCGAUAGUGUCAAAUAUCGCAACCAUAUAGCCGUAAUUAAAUCGGGAAGCCUUAUUCAGAAGCUGUUGAGCUUGUAAAUUUUGAGUACAUCAAAUGCCCUUUACUUGACACCACAACAAAUCGGGUCAAACUCAUUACGAAGUUAUUGCGAAUAAGCAUUACGUUUUAUAAUUUUAAAAACAUUUAUAUAUAAAUAAAAUUCAAUUAAAUAACAA